GGAGCGGAGCGGCGCCGCCGCCGCGCAGAGCAGCAGCGGCAGCGGCGGCAGCGGGCGAGCGCCGAGCGCCGAGCGCCGAGCCCGCGGCGGGGGAAGCGAGCGGCGGCCGGGGGCGGGCCCGGGGGCGGCGUUCCUUGUGGGGAGCCUGCACGAACCUUCAGUAGAGCUGCUAACACUGAUGAGAGAUCUUUUAUGCCAAGGUCGUCGCUCUCUGAACAGCCCGCACCAUGCGUGAGUACAAGCUGGUGGUCCUUGGUUCAGGAGGUGUGGGCAAGUCGGCUCUGACUGUACAGUUCGUUCAGGGAAUUUUUGUUGAAAAAUAUGACCCAACAAUAGAAGAUUCAUACAGAAAGCAAGUGGAAGUAGACUGUCAGCAGUGUAUGCUGGAGAUCCUCGACACAGCAGGGACAGAGCAAUUCACAGCCAUGAGGGACCUGUACAUGAAGAACGGGCAGGGGUUUGCACUAGUAUAUUCUAUAACAGCACAGUCCACGUUUAACGACCUACAGGACCUGAGGGAACAGAUUUUACGGGUUAAGGACACUGAAGAUGUUCCCAUGAUUCUGGUUGGCAAUAAAUGUGACCUGGAGGAAGAACGAGUCGUGGGCAAAGAGCAGGGGCAGAACUUAGCACGACAGUGGUGUAACUGUGCCUUUCUAGAGUCGUCUGCAAAGUCCAAAAUCAACGUAAACGAGAUCUUUUAUGACCUGGUCAGACAGAUAAACAGAAAAACACCAGUGGAAAAGAAGAAGCCUAAAAAGAAAUCAUGUCUGCUGCUUUAGACUCCCAUCAUGCAGCAGCUCUGAGCCAGAUUGCAGGAAUGAAGAACUGUUGCCUAAAUGGAAAGUGCCAGCAUUCCCAACUUCAAAACCUUAUGGAAAUGAGUAACAUAUCAGAAGAAGCUUCUCCUGUUUUUUAUAUACUACGGGAAGAAUUUAGAUCUGAACAAUGGUUUGCACACAGCCCCCAGAAAAAGCAGUUGCUCUGUGUAUAUCUCUUGGAAAUUUAAGCCAAUAUCCCUCCUCCUUUGCAAUAGCAAUUAACAGAUGUGAAAAUAAAUAUAAUUGACUCUAGCAUAUGAUUAUCCCAAGGAGCAUGGAUGCAUUUCAAAUGUUAGAGAUUGCUACUAUAAUUAAAAUUCAUAUUGACCAUGGUAUCAUAAUUUCUCCCCAUCAAGCACUAAAAAUGUUCCACUGUUAUAUUUUAUAUCUAUAACUAUAGAUAUAUAUUAUCCAAAAACUCCCUUUGAACUCACUGCAGCAAAUAACUUUUUGAGUCAUUGACUUCAUUUUAUAUUUAAAAGUUACGGAAUAUCAUUAUUUUCAUUCAGCCAUUGUAUUCUAAUUAAAAAUGUUUGUGCAUAAUGCUUUGGAAAAAUGGGUCUUUUAUAGGAAAAAAAAAACAAACUGGGAUAACUGAUUUCUAUGGCUUUAAAAGCAAAAAAUAUAUAAUAUACUAAACCAACUCUAAUAUUGCUUCUUGUGUUUUACUGUCACAGAUUAAAUUACAGCUUUUAUGAAUGAUUAAAUUUUAGUACAUUUUCA